CAUUGAAGUGCAGUGUUAGUAUGUACUAGUACAUUUUUUUUUAACACAACAAUAAUAAUUGUGGUGUAUGCGUGGGCGUGUGUGUGUGUGAGUGCAUGCUAGUGUAAGCGCUUGAAUGCAAACAAUUUAAGUGUAAAAUAACAAAUAUCAAUUGCAUAUUGAGCAGCAAUCGUCAGCGAGCCCCAAAUAGUUGUUGUUUUUUAGCGCGAGUUUACGUCGCUGUCGCUGCCGCUGCCGUCGUCGCUGUUGCUAUCGUUAUUUAGUGUUGCUGGCGUUGUUGUUGUUGUUAUUGCGCUAUUGCUGUUGCUGCUAUUACUGUGUAUCUGUAAACGGCAACGCGCAACGGCCAACUGAUGAAUUUCAAUUGUUUUUAUUAAAUUAUAACAACAACAACACAAUACGAGGAAUAAAACUAAAAUUUUUAUGCGCGCGCCGCACGCCCCAAAAACACCAACAACACGACGAAGAAGAAGGUGAAGAAAAAAAAGCAGCAGCUAGAGCAGCAGCAAAGGCGAGCACGCCCCAAUAGAGUCGCCAGUCGCUGUCGACGUCGCAGCCCAUUAACAAAUAGAACGGCAGAGCAAAUGGCCUCCGACAUUGCAGCAACGGCCAUGAUGAGUUCGUCCUCGUCCUCCGUCAAUGCAGACUUGUGGCGCGAAUGCGUUGCCUGGCUAAUCCGUUGCAAGGUAAUCCCCGCCGACCACAAGGCCGCACAGUCUGAUGCUGAAAUACGAAUCCUGGCCAUGACCUUGCGCGACGGUGUGCUGCUCUGCAAUCUGGUAAUCCAGCUGGACCCCAGCAGUAUGGAUGCACGCGAAUUCAAUCGCAAGCCACAAAUGGCACAGUUUCUGUGCUGCAAAAAUAUCAAAUUAUUUCUGGAAGUGUGUCGAGAUCAUUUCGGUAUACGCGAUGCGGAUCUGUUCGAGCCCACAAUGCUUUAUGACCUCUCCAAUUUUCAUCGCGUGCUCAUUACGCUCUCCAAGCUGUCGCAAUGCCGCAAGGUGCAGCAAAUGCAUCCAGAGCUGAUUGGCUUCAAUUUGCAGCUGUCGCCAAGUGAACGCUCCCACUCCGAUGAGGCCAUUUACAAGGAUUUGCAUUCCACUCAUGAUAUCAAGAAAACUGGCAGCAUCGAUGCUACAGGCUCGUCCUCCUCGGAAUAUUACGAACGCACCUCGCAGAGCGGUUCGCUCGACGAGAACAGCGAUAUAACCAUUGAGAAUGGCACCGAGGUUGACGAGAUUGACGACUACAUUGAGGAUUCGCUAUCGAACAUGUGUGAUGCGAGCAUUGAUCAGGAUCAGGUUGAGCUCAGCUCAACCGUCCAGCAACAUCUACGCGCGCUCUCCUUUGAUCUGCCACCCAGCUCCUACGACUGCAUAACGCCCACACCGCCGCCAUACGCUGACGAUACGCCCAGCACCUCGGCAGCAGCAGCUGCAGCCAUGGCGGCGGCCAAGUCAGCAUCCAUAAUGUACAAUCACUUUGGCAAGUCGCCCUCGUCGUCGUCGUCGCGCAUUAGCGAGAGUCAACGCUUGCAACGCGCUGCCGCCGCAGUCUACAAUUAUCGCUCGUCGAUGGCGCUGACCACGGAUCACGAGUAUGCGUACAUCAAUGAUAUCUACAGCGAGGAUGAUGAGAAGGUCUACGAGGAUCUCUGCUACGUGACGUUCCAGGCCAAGAGCAAACCAGAGGUUACCACCGACAAUAUUGCAUGCAAUGGAACCGUUUAUGAUCACAACAACACUAAAGAAGAGGAGGUCUAUCAAGACUUGUGUGCACUGCACAGAACCAGUCGAAGCCAGACAACAUCAGCGACAAGCUUCGAGCAACGUGACUAUGUCAUACGUGAGCUCAUUGAUACGGAGUCCAAUUACUUGGAUGUGCUUAAUGCGUUGAAAAGCAAGUUUAUGGCGCCGCUGGAGCGACAUCUCAAUCAGGAUGAACUGCGUCUAAUCUUUCCACGCAUAAGGGAACUAGGUGACAUACAUACAAAGUUUUUGGAGAAGCUGCGCGAAUCACAAAUGCCCAGCACCAAAUUAAAAAUGGGCCAAGUAUUUCUGGAGUUCAGAGAGCCAUUUCUUAUCUACGGCGAAUACUGCUCCUGUCUGCUAAAUGCCAUUGAUUAUCUAGCCGAUAUAUGCAAGAAAAAUCAGAUUAUUGAUCAGCUGGUGCAGAAGUGUGAACGGGAGUAUAAUGUGGGGAAAUUGCAGCUCCGCGAUAUUUUAUCCGUGCCCAUGCAGCGCAUACUUAAGUAUCAUUUACUGCUGGACAAACUGGUGAAGGAGACUUCACAGCUGCAUGAGGAUUAUCGCUCCUUGGAGCGUGCCAAGGACGCCAUGAUUGAUGUUUCGCAAUAUAUCAAUGAAGUUAAACGUGACUCGGACCAUUUGGUCAUCAUACAAAAGGUGAAAGACAGCAUAUUUGAUUUGAAUCUGCUGCAAAACGGCAACGAUCUGUUGCAAUAUGGCCGACUGCUGCUGGACGGCGAAUUACACAUUAAGGCGCAUGAUGAUCAAAAGACUAAGCUGCGUUAUGCCUUUGUCUUCGACAAGAUACUUAUACUGGUCAAGCCGAAUCAUAUCAAGACCGGCGACAUGCAGUACACAUAUCGCGACUCCCAUAAUCUAGCCGACUAUCGCGUCGAACAGAGUCAUUCGCGCCGCACGCUCGGUCGGGACACGCGCUUCAAGUAUCAGCUGCUCCUGGCACGCAAAUCGGGCAAGACGGCAUUUACGCUUUACCUAAAAUCCGAGCCGGAGCGGGAUAAAUGGCGCAAGGCUCUAACGGAUGCCAUGGAGAGCUUGGAUCCACCCGGCUGCCGCAAUACCGAUCACAAAAUGGAAAUUUAUACCUUUGAAGCGCCCACAACCUGCCGGCAUUGUUCGAAAUUUCUCAAAGGGCGCAUACAUCAGGGCUAUCGCUGUAAAGUCUGCCAGAUAAGCGUGCACAAGGGCUGCAUUUCGUCCACGGGUCGCUGCAAACAGAAUCCCAUAAGCGUGCCACCGCCCGUCUGCGAUCGCCAGCUCUCAGAGUUCAAUUGGUUUGUGGGCAAUAUGGACCGUGAAACGGCUGCUAAUCGUCUCGAGAACCGUCGCAUUGGCACCUACCUGCUACGCGUGCGUCCCCAAGGCGCCUCAUCGCCCCACGAGACCAUGUACGCGCUCAGCUUGAAAACGGAUGAUCAUGUGAUCAAGCACAUGAAAAUCAAUCAGGAGAACGAUGGCAGCGCUAUGCUCUACUGUUUAUCUUCCAGGCGACACUUUAAAACGAUCGUUGAACUGGUUAGCUUUUAUGAACGCAACGAUUUGGGUGAAAAUUUCGCAGGACUCAAUCAAUCCUUGCAGUGGCCUUUCCGCGAGGUUAUUGCCACAGCGCUUUAUGAUUAUGAUCCAAAGGCCGGCAGCAAUCAAUUACAACUGCGCACCGAUUGUCAGGUGCUGGUCAUUGGCAAAGAUGGCGAUAGCAAGGGCUGGUGGCGUGGUAAAAUUGGUGAUACGGUUGGCUAUUUUCCCAAAGAAUACGUGCAGGAGCAUUCGCCGACGAGCGACGAACUUUGAUAUUACAACUAUGAGGUUUAUUUUGCACCGAAGGCUUCAACGCCGACAACCCCAAUGGCCAUUACUGAAACACCUGUAAUUGUACACGCAGCAAAUGAAGAUACGAUGCAUAACGAGCGCAACAACAAUAAAGAUGAUAACACCAACAACAAUGCGGAAUUAAUCAAUAGUUGCAGUUAAAAAAGCAACGAGAGCGUGUUUUUUUUUUUAAUUUGUGUUGCACUUAGUUAAAAUAUACAACAACAAUAGAAAUAGUAAGAGAAAUGUGCAAAUUUUUGAAUCGACUUUGCGUUGCUUUUGUGCCAAGAACAAAAAACAAUUUGCAUCACAAAGAACAAUGCAUCACAAAGAAGCGUUCUUGAUUGAUAUAAUUAUAUUCUUUUUUGCUUUUUGUUCUAUGUAAUUAUACAC